AUGACUGCAGUUAAUAGUUCCUUGAAUGGCAAUCCGUUCGGAGCUCCUGGAUCUAUCAACGAUCCGGCCAGACAAGCACAGCUCUACCACUACCUUGAAACCCUAAAAACUGACGAAAAUGGGUGGCGAAAAUCAACUGACAACAUCAUUGCAAACAAUUUGAGUACUGACGAGGAGCAUUUCCUUCUCCUUCAAGUGAUCGAAGACUAUCUUGCUCGACGUUAUGCUGGAGCAGACGCGGAUAGCAUCAUGUGUAUUCGUGGCCUACUUUCCCACUGGAUCCAGAAACUGUCUGCUCAUCCUGAUCAACCAAGUUUCCUAAUUAAUAAAAUGGCACACAUUUUCUCCCUCGUCUUCGCAGCGGACUUUCCGGAUAGAUGGCCUACAUUUAUGGACGAUAUGUCAGUUAAUAUUUUGCACUACUUAUUUCUUCCUACUUUUCAGACAUCGGUAUACGUUUUUUUGAAGCAGUUUGUUUUCAGUUUCCUCUCGAGAGGACUAGAUAGCGUUCCUUUGGUAGUAUUCUAUCUUAAGACUCUUCUGGCUAUCGACUCAGAAGUGGUUGAUCGCGACAUACAAAGAACGAAAACUAUCUUUGAUCGUAAUACUAAAAUCAAAGACUUCAUGCGUGAUUUAUGCAUUCCUCAAAUAGUGCAGAGUUGGUGGACAAUAUUGGAACAGUGCUCGGAUGUGACGGCGCAGUGUCUUUGUCUUGACGCCGUUGCAGCAUUUGUUGAUUGGAUUGAUGUGGAACUUGUAGCCAACGAUGUGUUCGUGCCGCUAGUAAUCGCUCGACUAGGAAAUAAAGACAUAUCUGAGGCGGCAGUUCGUGCUGUAUCUGCUUUGAUCCAGAAAGGUAUGCCAGCGUCAAAGAAAUUGUCGCUGGUCACUGCUCUCAUGGAUGUCAUGCGGAAUAACCAUCUCAUUAACGUCAAUCCGAAUAGCGAUUAUGAAGACGUUUUACGAGCCGGGUCACUUUUGAGUGCUGUUGGAAAUGUCCUCAUUGACACCUAUCACAAGUUUAAAGCAGAGGAUGGGGAAGAAGAUGCUCGGAGAUGCAUUGAAAUUGUGGAAGCAGAUAUGGAUUCGCUACUUCUUGUACUGGAUAAUGAAGAUCCCGAUCUCAGUGAACUGGUCGUUUACACUCUACGUUCAUAUGUCGCGCUGUUCAAAGACAAGUGCAUGGAGGAGAAGGCAACCAGUGUAUUUACAAAAAUCGUGUCAGUAUGCUUACGGCGUUUCGUGAUCAGCGAAGAACUGGAUGUUGAUGGAUCAGGUGAAGACGAAAUCGAAUUCGCCGAAUACAGAAAAGAGCUGCGUGGGAUCCUCAAUACAAUCGGGAAUAUGCGUGCUGACCUUAUAGUGGCGCCACUGGAGGUUUUAGUUGACGAGGUUGCCGCUAGUGGAGGCGGUACGGCUAUGCCAAUUGCACGGCUGGAAGCUAUUGUUCAAUUGGUGCAUGGGCUCGUGGAGAUUAUACCGGCAAAUUUCGUUAAUAUGAAGGAGGGAUGGAUGGGACGGGGUGCGUUACUACCUGUCAAUUUGCUGAAUUCUAUGCAACUAGACGGUCGCUCAGCAACUGUGCAUGUCUUGUAUUUCGAGAUUGCAUGCCGUUACGAACGCUUGCUCAUGGCCCGUCCGCAGCCUGUAAUACCUCAAGUUGCAUCGGCAUUCUUGGAUGAGAGAGGGAUCGCAUUUCGAGUUGCUCGCGUUCGGACUCGCAUUGUUUACCUGUUUUGCCGAUUUGUAAAAGCACACAAAACCGUGCUCAGUCCGCUAGUAUCUGAGGUGAUUUCCCGUUUGGCUCCAUUACUGGCGAUGUCACCACAUUCUGAUCAACUUCUUACCGCCGAUGAUCAGGCGUUCAUUUUUGAAGCGACAGGAACACUUAUAGUAUUUGGUGAACUUGGAGUUGAACAGAAGUCCGUCUACAUCGGUGAACUGGCCAAUAAACUAGGAGAACGUUUCCUUGCUGCCGUCACAGAACUUCAAGCAGCCCGAGCUGCAGGAGACGCAGCAAAAGUUCAGAUGAUCCAGCAAUUCAUGACGAACAUAGUUGGAUACUGUUGCCGUUUAUCAAAAGCUUUCAACAACGCCAAUUCGAUGCAGUCAUGCAGAUGUGUUGACGUCUAUAUGCGGUUAUUGAAUCUUUUCCUUGGUCAUCUUAGCGCUGAAAAUGCGUUCCUGCUAGAGCCCGUUAGACAAUUGGCUCAUCGACUGGUGGUCUGCCUUGACUCGGAACUUCUCCCGAUACUGCCACCGUUGAUGUCCGCCUUGGCAGCGGUGUCAACCGAUCUUGACAGCAUGAACCACUUGCUCAUUCUCAGCCAUCAAAUAGUCGCCAAGUUCAAGAAGGAAUGUUUACGUUCGGGUGUUGAUUUUGGUGCCAUACUUGCGUCCGCAGCCCGCCUUUCGAUGGAAAAUGAGACCGCGUACCGUAACCUCAUAUAUGUGCGGCGUGCUUUCCUUCAGUUAUUCUACACCUCUACAACAUCGGAUAUGCUGAAUGAAAUUGCAACGGGCAAGGUCCAAAUUUGUAAUUAUUUCCGUAUUCAAGGUACACUUUUCGACAAUCUCCUCGAGGCUGCUACCCACCUGGCACUCAGCAGCGAUCAGUCGUGCCAAAAAUUAGCUCUGGCUACUCUUAGUCGAACAUCUGCCACUAAUGCACAGUGGUGGCAAAGGACAUUGCGAACAGCACUUGAGGUGCCUUCGUUGCCGCAUAUCAGUUCGUCAGAUGCUGGAAGUACAGUGGUGGUUCAUGAAGUCGCUUCGACACUACAGACCCUUCGUCAGGCCCACCCAGAAGAGUUUGCGGUUGCAGUACGAUCACUGAUGCCUGGCGAAUUAGCAGUGGAGCUGCUGUCAAUGUUGGAGAACCUGAAGUCUCGAGCACUCGACAAGCAGUUGUUGCUUAUGUACGAUAAGAUCCGACUAGCUCAACAGCAACAACAGCAACAAACAUGA